AUGUGUGAGACGGGCGAGGCAGUACUGAAGACGCUGGAGGCUCUGAAGGAUCGGCUCACCAGCUGGCUGCAGGAUCUGCGGACCAUGGAGGACCCCGCAAAGCGAGAGGAUUCUGUGCGGCAGACCAGGGCCUCUGCUCGAUACAGGCGCGUGCUGCCCCGCGGCAUCAGCCGGGCCUUCCUGGGCCAGGCCUACGAAGCGGAGAGCUGGCGCGUCGCCGCUUCCUUGAAGAUCUCCUGCAUGCUGUACUUCGAUGCGCCGCUGGCACUGGAAGAGGUCAGAGCUGCGCUCAAAGCGCAGCUGGAGACCGUGGCGCGCUUCCGCAGCAAAGCCCGAGGAGUGAAGGGCAAGGAGAGCAGAGCCAGCAUGUUCGUGCGGCUGGAUGACGAGGAGUGGGCGAAGGCACUGGACAGUCUGGUGACCGUGCGCGAGGACCUCAAGGGCGAGGGGGCGGUGGAGAACUUCGUCAUGGAUUUCUACACGGCCAGGUGGGACCCCGACUUGCCGCUCUGGCGCGCCCACGUGGUAAACAACCUUUACGAUGGCAGACAUUUGCUCGUCAUGGUCUUUGACCAUUCCAUCGGCGACGGCAUUGCCUUACUCCAGGUGCUUUGGCAGAUCAGCGGCCACUCCGAGCCGGUGCCCUCCAGGAAGCCUUCGGCGAUGCCGAGCAGGGACUCUUGCUUGCAAGGCUGCUGUUUGCAGCUCAAGGGCAUCUGGAAGGCCUUCUAUGGGCCCUUCAUCGGUGACCAGCUGCCCGGGGAUCGUCCCAACCUGCUGAAGGUCAAAGAUCCACGGACGCCUGGACGGCGGAGAGCAGUGUACUCAUCACCCAGCGAAAGCAUGGACAAGAUCAAGGUCAUCAAGAGCAGGAUUCCGAACGCCACGGUGACGGACGUGCUUAUGGCGCUCACUGGCCUGACUUUGCAGGAGUACUACCGGAGGUAUGAACCGACAACCCUGCAGCAGGUCGUUCGUGGCAACUUUCCGCUGAACAUGCACCAGGAGAACGAGGACAUCACCGACCCGAGGGUCUAUGGGAACAGCUUCUCUCAAGGCCUCCUCACGUUUCCCUUACACUUGGACGAUCCUGUGGAGUUCAUGCGAGACGUGAAGAGCCAGAUCGAUUUGAUCAAGGUCUCGCCGGAGCCUAUUGUGCGGUACGGCUUGGUUCGCUUGCUGUGCCAGAGCAGCCUAUCUCACUCCACGGUUUUGAAGCUGCUGCUGGACGCCUUUGGCAAGGUCACCGCGAUGCUCUCCAGCGUCAUGGGCCCUACAGAGGAGGUGCAGAUGUUUGGCCAGGCCCUGAAAGACCUGAGCUUUUACGCUAUGCCGCCCCUCGGAGUUUACAUCGGCAUCCUCACUUACAAUGGCCGCGUAAAGGUGAGCAUAACUACGGACAUGGAGGCGGAGACGGAGCCCAAGCGCUUGGGGGACUGCUGGGAGGCAGCGAUGGACAAGCUGGCGGAGGCGGCGAAACGCUGA